AAAAUUAUUAAAGCUAAAACUGCACGGAAUGCAUCCCCAGACUGUCUACUGCAUUCUCAUAGGGAUACAAUCCAUUUUUGGUCUCAGAUUUUAGGUUGGUGAACUACAGUCUUUUCCUCUGACUGGAACCCGACUUCAUAAUUGACCAGUACACCUGUUUACAUACUAACGCGCCUCCGAAACCCAAGUCCUAAUUUUUUACAGAUAUCUGGAACAGGAUACGAAAUAAUUUGUACAGCAAAUUACAUCAUCUUUUGACCCUGAGAAGAGGAUUGGUAGGAAAAGCGGACGAGGAAACUUUCCUAGCCCGUAGAGAUGGCCACCUCAGUGCUGUUUUGAUAGUGUCAACCCUAACCACCACACAAAGCCAGGCCUAAGAUUUGUAGAAUACAAUCAAAACAUAGGUCCACUGUGUCUUACAUGCAGUUCAGAAAUUGUUUUUAAAACUUAUUUUUUUGAAAAUGGGAUUUGUCAGGCAUAUUGAUCGUAGAAUGCCCCACUGGAUUACUGUGCUCACUUGUGCUGCUCUCGUGUCUACUGGCAAAUCUUCACUUAAUAUUUCCCAGGUUGAUUGUGGGCCAAUAGACGAAUUACCCUGCACAGACAGCUGAGGUUACAGUACUGCUAUUCUUCUCAGGGGUCCAAAUGGAGGUCCAGCGCAUCCAGAGACUGUCAAAAUGACACUGAGGGGUGAUGGCUGCCCAUGGAGGAGCAACUGUCCUGGCGGCAAUCAACAGUCGUCUGCCAGCAGACUGGGCGGCAAAGUUGAACAGUGAUGGGAGGAUCUAUUAUAUCAAUCAUGGUACUAAGUUUACCACAUGGGUCCCACCUCCAGAAAACUGGGAUCCUACCACAGGGUUACCGUAUGGAUGGGAGGAGGCGGUAGAUGAAGAUGGGAAAAAAUAUUUCAUUAAUCAUAUCUCCAAGGUCACCAGUCGCCAGGAUCCUCGCGAGAACCCAGAGCUCUAUAAUGAUCCUCCUCAGCCUAGAGAGGUCCACCUGAGCCGAGACGCACAGCUGGGGUUUGGGUUUGUGGCGGGCAGUGAGAAGCCUGUGGUGGUUAGAUUUGUCACUGAUGGUGGCCCAAGUGUUGGGAGGUUGCUACCAGGAGAUCAAAUAUUGAAGAUAAAUGGAGAAGAUGUGAAGAAAGCACCCAGGGAAUAUGUGAUUAAUCUAGUCAGGUCCUGCAGAGAGACCAUUGUUCUUACAGUGUGUCAACCAUAUACAGAAAAUGUAUCUGGGAGAAAGUCAGCCUUCAUUUCACCUGCUAAGAGAGCCAAACUCAAAAACAACCCAUCAAGAGUUCGUUUUGCUGAGGCUGUCAUUGUGAAUGGGGCACCUGUCAUUAAUCCUUCCACUCAUGAAAGCUACAUCCCUUUCAUGCCUAAUGUGCUCAAAGUAUUCUUGGAGAAUGGACAGACCAAAUCCUUUAAAUAUGACAAGAGGACCACUGUUAAGGAUGUGUUAGAAUCCCUCCAGGAGAAACUAGGAGUGAAGAAUGCGGAACACUUUGCCCUAGUUCUCCAAAACAUGAAGUUCCCUGAUCCCAGGAAGAUGAGUCCACUUCAGGAACACGAAUCUCUAGCUGAUGUUGCCAACCAUCCUGAUGCUCAACAUUACAAGUGUCUGUUCCGUGUUUGUUUUGUGCCAAAAGAUGCUUUUGAUCUACUGAGGAAGGACCCUGCUGCAUUUGAGUACUUCUAUCUCCAGUGCACUAAUGACGUGAUACAAGAGAGGUUUGCUUCAGAGUUGAAGUAUGACAUGGCUCUCCGCUUGGCUUCUCUCCAUAUGCAAGAACAUGCAAGCUCCAACAAUAUCUCCAAAGUCUCUUUCAAGGCAAUAGAGAAGGAGUUUGGGCUGGAAAAAUUCCUUCCAAAACACAUUCUCAAUACAAUGAAGAUGAAAGACAUUCGAAAAGUGAUCACACAGAACUUUAAGCUGAACCAGAAUCUGAUGCCACCAGGGCAGAAGCAGCUGACUGCUCUGCAAGCAAAAUUACACUAUGUCAAAAUAAUUAGUGAACUCAGGAGCUUUGGUGGCAAAUGCUUCAUGGCAACUGUAAUUGACACAAAGCAGGAGGCCAUGGUCAUGGUUGGUCCCAGGUGUGGCAUCAGUCAGGUCACCAAUAUUAAGGCAAAUAUGGUGGCUGUCUUGGCUGACUUUGAGGAUCUUGACAGUGCCUCACUGUGUAGAGAGAGUGACACUGCUCAGAGGAUAGAGAUAAGGCUCAAGGAGGAAAAGAAGCCUCCUGUGAGCCUGUCAAUGUUAACUGCUGAUAUGCAUGACUUUGUGGCUUACCUGGAGGGGUAUUACCAUGUCCAGGUGGACCCAAGUAAAGCCCUGGUCAGUGGGGUCAUCACGGUCAAUGGGAUAGGGAAUACGGAGGCUCCUAAAUAUGAGAGCAUCCACAAGGUGGUAGCAGCAAGGUGGAACUAUCCAGAUGACCUGGCCUCUCAGGUGGACACGCCCCACACCACCCAGGACAAUGAGAGGAUAGCUGACCUGUCAAAGGGACCGCCAUCUUAUCAGGAGAACCUGGAGAUGAUUGACAGGUUGAAGGAGGAGCUAGGACUAAAUGAGCUGGAUGAAUCUCAACACAUAUCUGAAAAUGCUCAAGGAAGGGCAGCCCUGACUCAUUUUAUGUCUGGCGAUGGAAUGAAUGGAAACCUGUCUACAGACAGCAGUGGUUCCUCAAGCUCCAUAAACUCUGUGAUAAAUCGCAGCCAAUCAGAAGGCACAUUGAACAAACAGAGAACGUUACCACAUUCGAAGAACAAAUCUGGCUCUGCUGCCCAGUUGCAUUCAUUGCUGCAGGACAUGGUUGCUAUGGCAACCACCAAGGCUGCAAACAACAAGGUCAAGGACAGUGAUGUAUAUGACCUUGAAAAUGUGAAUCAAGUUGACUCAGACUCCAAUACUAGUGCCAAUGAAUAUGACGCUUUAGCUAAGCUUGUGUUAGGCAAAGAUUCCAUUAAACUGACUCACAAGAAGCAGCAUCCUGGCCUCCCGGCCUCUUGGUUCCAGGAUGAAGAUGAAGAUGAAGAUGACGAGGUUGAUGACGCAGGAGAGACAAGCCAGACUAGCUCGGAUCAUGGCGAUGUAGACUUUAGUGCUGUGGCCAGUAGUUUUGGUCUCCAUAGUCCAGAUCAGUUUCCUCCAGAAGACCCCACCUACCAUCCCUCUAUGUUCUGUGACGGUGGACUCUACCUUGAUCCUGAUUUAAUAGAUUUGACAUUAAUUCCACCUCCUCCCACCCCAGAAGUCCAACGUAAAAUGACCUCGGAGGAGGAGGCAGGUCUUCCUCCCCCACCUGACCAGUUUCACCAUAGCAGCACCCUUAUGGCGUCAACCUCCAAAGGAGACAGCAAAAGUAGCAGUAAUAAUGGCAAUGCAGACUCAUCAAAAACUGUAGACCAUGUAGACAACACAGCCAUUGAGGUAGACACUCAUGCUAGCUCACAAGAGCAGCAUGGUGUAGAUGAUGAUAUUCCAGUGUCCGUGAUAGAUCUUCCUUCACCUAUUCAGAAGCGGUUCAAUGCCCUCUCCCUGCAGGACGAGGCUUUCCAGGUUCAGAUUGCUGCCAUUGAUGCCUUGGCUGCAGGUGAAGACAACCAAGAAAAGGAAAGUGGAAUAGAAAGUGAAAGUGACUCAGGAAAUGAAACUAUUUCUGACAAUGUGGACUUCUCUAGCAUACAUGUGCUGUCAGAACGUGGUGCUGGAGGAACACGCUCCCAUAGAGGGAGCCACAUGGCUAAUGUAGAAGUUACAGUUCCUAUGGAUGAAGACAUUGACACACUCAUUGCACGAUUAACUGUACCUCCACCUCCCGAAGAGUUUGCUGAUGAUCCGCACACUUUAACUGACAUCAAUGACUUUGAGGAGUUGGAGACUUCCAACAUUGAUGACAUAUUGGUAGAAUCUCCCAAAUCUGACACUUUAACUGAUGAAGCAGAAUUUCACUUGGAAACUUUCCAGACACUUGAGGAUGAGUUUGCUUCACUAAUGGUUCCUCCACCUCCUGCAUUGCCACACCCUGUGCCUCAAACACCUGGGGAUCUUAAAUUACCACCCCCUGGGGCACACCCAUCAACCCCUGGGUCUGCCUCAGUAUAUACCCCUCCUGCUGCUGUAGACACUAUAGUUGUGACCAGGCAGAGCAGUUACACAGAACAGCAACAAACUUCACAAAACUUUCUCACUUUUGGCAAAGGGGCCAGACCCAAGUCUUUUGCUGGUGGUGAGGUACAUGGAAGUGGCAGUACUUCAUUCAUUCCUCAGGACUCUCCGAAACAUUCGGGUCGAGUGCAACGUCCUAAGGUGCCACCACCUGCUCCACCUGAACGUCAGACAUCAGAGAGCAGCACUGGCUCCAAGACAGCACCAUCCCAAGUCUUAAAGCGACCUUUGAGUUUUGCUGGAUUCUCUUCAUCUGGGACAGGAGGUGGUGAAGAUCAUAAUGAUAUUGAUGAGUUGGCAGCUGCUGUGAUGGCAUUUAAUGCACUAAAGGAAGAUGAGGGAGAAGAUAGCGAUGAUACUUUGACAUUGGCAGCCACUUCCUCCACUAGUGAGAGUUCUGAGACUAUUAAUAAAUUACUUGCAGAAGAUGCAGCUGAAAGUGAAUGUAUGCAAAGUCCUGUUGUACUCCCUGGAAAGGAAGAUGUGAUCCCUGAUGCAACAUUGCCAGAGGAAGUUGUGAUUGAGGGCAAUAUUAGAGUUGAAGAACCUGCUUUAGAUUCUUCAGCAGAACUUUUUAUUGCACCUCCACAUAUCACAGAGCAAGAGGAGCCAAGUGUGGCAGAGGAAAUUGUGCUUGACCUAGCAUCUCUACCUCCUUUACAUUCAGAUAGUACCCCUGAAAUAUUGAUCAUUGAAAAGGACAGUGCUGAAAGUAUCCCACAGAAACCAGCAAAAACUCCACCACCUCUAGCACCAAAACCAACUUUGAAAGGCAAAGGAAAAGUUCCCCCUCCUCCUCCCCCUCGGAGGAGCAGUUCCAGUCUGACAGACCAAAAACCUGAAACAUCUGCUAAGCCUGGUGGGGUGAAAGAUGCAGUGAAAAGAUUUUCUGGAAACUUUGAUGAUUUUAAGCAUGGAGAGUCUGAAAUUAAAAGUACAGUUGAUAAUGUCAAUUCUGCUGGCGUGAAAAACCUUAUAUCAAAGUUUAAAACUUCUGGAUCUCCCCAUAGUGAAACACAGGAUGUUAAUAUGGCAGAGAAAACAACACCAGUUUCGGAGACGAGGCACAGAUUUGAGACUGACCUUAGUGAUGAGCAAAAUGUUAAACACGUUAAAGAUCUGACCGAUUCUUUCAAUCACCAUGAUCUUUCAUUUGGCUCUGAUUCAUCUGAAUGUUCUCUGGAGGUGAGACCAAAUCAAAAUGGAGAAAAAACAGCGAGUCAUGUUGGCCAUAUCAAAAAACAAAUUGAGUUCAAAUCAGAUCAUAAAGAACAGCUUAAAGACAGUGCAUUGGGAUCUUUUCAUCACAUAGAGUCUAUGGAAAAAACUCAACAGACAGGUGGUGAAAAUGUUCAUGAAACCUCAUCAGUUAAGAGGUAUGGCAGUCAUCCUACCUUAAACACUGACACAGAGGAACACAGGUCUGUGUCCUCGUUAGCUUUGGCCUUUGAACUAAAAAGGUCUCUGAAACGCAACCAGCCAUCUCCGCCCAAAAUAAUUUUACCAAAAGAUAAAGAUUCCGAGGUUAUGAAUGAACCAAAACUGCCAUAUUCCCCUGGAGCAGAUGUAGAUAUUAUUAUUUUAGACUCAGAUGAGCCUGUCUUGGCACCAAAGUCACAUGACCACCCAGACGAAAUUGCUCCAGCAAAGGUAUCAUCUGUGUUUUCCAUAAAAAAAUCUUUUGAGUCAAAGCCAUCUGUGAGUCCCAACAAAAGCCCUGCCUCAGAAAGCAAGCCAUCUCCUUUUGCCAAACCUGCUGUGGCUAACAAACCUGAUGAUUUGAAAAAGAGGCUUACUGUUGCAGCAGAGUCCUCUGGAAAAGACAAGGUUGAUGCCACAGUACAAGAAUCAGAGGGGGAUAAAGGGAAUUUCAGUAAGCCAGACAUUUUAUUUGAACAGGGUAGUGAAGUUAAUGUCCGCCCCAGCGAUCUUCUGAAAAAAAAUCGUCCAGGCUCGACCACCGUUUCUUCCCAGGAGUCCUCAUUUCAGUCUCCAGCAGGACGUCAGAAGGUGCUGAGAUCCAGUACCUUCAGUGCGUCGGACUCCGAUAAAGGUACCAUUUCCCCAAGGUCAUCAAGUCCAGUGAAGAGGCAGACCUCCUUAAAACUGGACUCCGCGGGGUCCCAGGGCUCCGACAGUGAGGGGGACACCCCAGGGAAGCCAGUGCCUGCCCUGAAGAGUGCCAUGCCUCUAGUGAGGAGUAACUUGAGACCAGUGGGGGACAUGAAAAGACAGAAUGCAGACAUUUCUCCAAAGUCUGGCCCUAUGAAGGCCAACCAUGUAGAGGAAGAGGUUAAAGAAGAUGUGGAAGAUCUGUGGGACAGUCCAGUCAUAGAACCCCUUGUAAAAGGUAUCAUGAAGACCACAACACCGCAGACAAAGGCUGUGGAAGGGAAUGGCAAUGGAAAAUCACCAAAGAAAGUCAUGUUUGCUGAGAUCGAGUCCAAUACCCUCAAUUCUGAACACUGUGAAAAUGAGGAGGAGGAACUUGCAGUCGGAGAUGCUGGUUUCAGUGCUGUGUGUGAUAAGAUCACCACCAGGACGUAUGGUGGGGACUCUGCCUUUACCUUGGCUGAUGAGGAUGUGGACACCUUGAUUACUGUAUUGGAACAGGUGCUUUGUAAGGUCAACAGUGAUCCAGGUGAAGGUCACACUGAAGGUCAAUUCCUGGAGGCAAAGGACAACUUGUUAUUGCAAGCCAGGCACUUUGUCACUGAGUCCAAACUGCUGGUCAGUAGUGCCACACAAUCUAAGGAUAAACUAAUUGCUCGAGUGAACAGCAGUAUGAAUGUAUUAGCUAAUGUAGCAAGUAGCACACUGGUGACCUUGAUGACCUUGACCUCAAUUGACCUUGUAAAUAACCUGGGGUCAAAGGUUAUAGAUGUGGCCAAAGCUUAUAGAAGUACCUUGAAUGCUGCCUCAGUGGCUGCUGGUAAGCCUCUGGGAGAUCCUAAUAUGAAACAUUUAAUGCGGCAGGCCACUAAUUUGGCUACUGUGCUAAGUACUUGUAUGAGGACACUGAAAGUGUUGGAUAGUUCAUAGAAAACUGGUCUUUCUGCUUAUAUCAGGACACUAUAUAAAUUUGUUAUUAUGGAGGUACUUUGUGUUAGGGACAUUAGUGCAGCUCAAAUGUUGUUUUUCUUGAGGGAGAACUCGAACAUUCAUAGUCUUUUCUUAUCAAGGUAAAUUUAUGAAGAGUGUCUUUUUGAUUUAAGGCAUUUUAUUAAGAUGUCUUUGGGCAGCAUUUUGCAUUGGAUGCCUAAAUUGAACACCAUCUAUUCCCAAGCGUUUCUAUCCCAAGUUUGUACCUCUCUGGUCGCCACAAUUGCAGGGUCAGGGAAGUGUGUUGGCUGUUGUUCUGUCACAUUCAUACACUGUAGACACUUUUGAGUUUGUAUUUUCAUUUUACUCAUUUGAAUUUCUCAUACAAGUGUUGCAAACAUUUAUUUAAAAGAAUUGAUGGAUCUCCUUGCUGUAAUAUGUUUGUAUUAAUUUAUUCAGGCAAAAGUGUUUGAAAUUGUAGUUAGGAAUUAUUGUGAAAUGGCUUAAAAUCUCAAUGGGCUGACUUCUUUUGAUCUGAAGUUCCCAAAUGUUGGGUUACCUUUAGGUUAAUACCCAUUAAUUUUCAUUUACAACAAAUCUUGUUUUUAAACCUAAUUAAUUUUUUUCAUUAUUAUAAUAUACGUGUCUGACAUGUUUUGCAUAUUUAAACUAACAAAAGAAAUUCAUGGAUUUAUCUUUUGAAAAGAAAUUCAUGGAUUUAUCUUUUGAAAUCAACCCAGUUUCUAUCAAAAAUUAAUUUUAUUCAAGAAAUGAAUGACAUUAUUCAGACUUUGCAGGUCAUAUUAUCUGCAAAAAUAACUUAAAAGAUAUAUUGAUUGCAAGAAAAUAAAACAAUAUGUUGAGUUUGGUUGAUGAUAUUUGAGCUUGUGUAAAUUAUUAUUAUUAUCAUUAUUAUUAUUAUUAUUAUUAUAUGAAAUAUAUAGGGUAAUAUUUCUACAAACGUAAUAUAAUUUUUAAACAUUGAUAUUUCACUGAUUUAUUUAUUCCACCAUUCAAAAACACGUUUUCUGCAAUCUAAUUAAGAUCUGAUCAUUAGUAUUUUUAUAUAAUAGGGUAAGAGGUGCUGCAAUUCCAGUAUUCGUGUACUAGUCUAAAAGAUAGGCUGCUGAUUGUGGAAGUUCAGUUAUUACAGGUGUGACCCAAAUGCAAUACCAGUAAGGUACCCACACCGCCGUAAUCCAAAGAUUUCCCCAGCGAUGCAGAGGGAAUGUCUUGUCAAUCUUUGGUUGGUUACCGUCAGAGAAUGUUAUAAUUUUUUAUUUUUUUUUCACCAUUCAGAUACAGGGUUCCUUAUGACAUUUUUGCCUAUUGAAAUGGAGUUUUCCAGUGCACUAGCACUUUCGCCGGGACUGCCCGAUACUGUACGAUAAUGUAGACAUCUUGGGGAUACGUCUUUCACUUAAAUUGUUUUAUUUGAUCAUAUUGAACAACCUAUCAAUUUACGGUGAAAUUGCGUCUGGUGUUCUUGUGUCUUGGCUCAAUUAUGAAGAUUGUACAGAUUCUGCCGUUUUGUAGAUACAUUGUACUUGUAUGUAUAUCAGUAAUUAUUAUUAAUAUUAUGUAUGUACAGAUGAUAGUUUCCCAAUGUCAUGCCACAACGGCGUAGAAAUUGUCUCGUGGACUUCUUGGGACUGGAUAAAGGAAAUUGAAUUAUAUAGAUAUCAUGAAUAAAAAAUAU